AUGAAGGCCCUGCUCCUCAGCUUCAGUGUUGGCCUUGUUGCUGCCCUGCAGGCCCAGGCCUUCCCAGCCUCCUCGGAGGAGCCUCAGGAUGUGUCAGGAAAGUGGUAUUUGAAAGCCACAGCAUACAAUGUGGCUAUUCCUGAGAAGAAACUGGAACCUCUGUCUGUGACGCCCGUAACCAUCAAGACCCUGGAAGGAGGCAACCUGCAAGUGAAAGUGACUGUUCUGGUUGCAGGUCACUGCCGGGAGAUGAACACCAUCCUGGAGAAAACAGACGAGCCGGGCAAAUACACAACCUAUGGGGGCCAGCAUGUGGUAUACAUCGUGAAAUCUCCAGUGGAGGACCACUACAUCUUCUACUAUGCGGGUGAAAUGCGUGGACACGAGAUCCAAAUGGCAAAGCUCGUGGGCAGAGACCGCAACAUCAAUGAGGAAGCUCUGGAGGACUUUAAGAAUGCUGCAGGUGCCAGAGGCCUCAACACAGAAAACAUCUUCAUCCCUAAGCAAGCAGAAACUUGCUCUCCAGGAACCAAUUAG